AGUGCAUACAGUACAGCUACACUCUACUCUACACUUUUUUUAUUUCGGAGGUUACUUCAUCGUCGCCCCAAGAUUUUGGAGAUUCGAAGGGGAAUGGAUUGAGUACUCCGAUGUACCGUGUGCUCUCCUCCUGCCACAACUCCAUGUUUCGUUACUAGACCUUCGUGAAAUUCGGUCAGUGAUCAACAGUGUCCCCUAUGUGCAGUGAAGUUCGUCUGGGAAGCUGACCUUGGCACGCUUCCACUUUGGGAUUCCUUUUUCGUAUUUUCUUACGUUGACGUUGAAGACUGUCUCUUUGGCUGGCCCUGUCUAUGUCGCUGAGAACACGUUGUCACUUUGGAUAACUAGUACUGGAGUCAUGAGUACUUCUGAGCAGCAGGAGCCCCCACGGCUUGUCUGUGAAGGCCAGGACCAGGACGCUUUGGAGUCGGAGGAAGCAGUUGACAAAGUCAGUGAUGGUGGCAAUUCCUUGACUUCAAAUAAUUCCAGUGAUUGUGGACGUUCUGAUCGAUCGCCUGUGCUGAACCGUCGGUCCUGUUCUACCCCUGAUGGCAGGCCAACCAAGCCUGUGCUACGCUCUGCUACAACAGAAAACAGACCACGCAUGCGAAAGAGAGUCUCGUUCGCGAAGACUACGUACCUAUUGCAGCAAGAAGAUUCAAAAACUGCUCAUGGAUGCGUGGCGAGCAUGCAGCGUGGCUCGAUUCUGACCAAGGUGCGGCAGCGCGGCAUGUUUACACGCUGGUUCAGCCUCAACGACGGCAUGAACAGUGUCUGCUGGCAGAGCACGCGCAAGGAGGGUGGCCUUGGGCAAAUCGAUGUCAAUUCGAUACACGAAAUCCGACAUGGCCGCCACUCCGAGCUAUUGCGGAGCCUCGAAGUGCAGGAGUCUGACGAGUGCAUGUUCACGGUUGUCCACUCGUCCGACUUCAGCUGCCUGGAUCUCAUUGCUGAGACGGCAGAGACUGCCACUGUGUGGGUAAUGGGCUUGCAGUACCUCAUCAACAUGAUCAACCCGCCAGCCAAGUCUCCUGUUAGCAAGGCAAAGCCGAUACGUGAGCUGUGGCUGGAGGAGAUCUUUCAAGAAGCGGACUCCAACAACGAUGGUUACCUAGAUGAAUCUGAGAUCGUACAACUGUGCCACCGACACAAUGUUGGUCUCUCUAAGGAAGCCAUCCAGAAGAAAUUCCACGAGGCGGACACGAAUCGCGAGAGCGAAUCGAGAGGUCAGCUCGAUCGUGCAGAGUUCAGAGACUUCUAUAUGGCGCUAGCCACUCGUCCUGAAAUUGUCUACUUAGUGGGCCAGUAUGGCAACUCUGACGUACUGACGGCUGAGCAACUUCUGGCGUUUCUGCAAACUGAGCAGAAAAUGGAUGAUGUCACAGUCGAGGAGUGUCAGAGCAUUAUUCAGGAGUAUGAGCCAACCCCGAUGGGAAAAGCUGAGAACCACUUUACUGUGGACGGCUUCACGCGCUAUCUUCGGAGCUCGCAUUGCGACGUUUUCAACCGUAAUCAUGUCCCAGUGAACCAGGACAUGACGCACCCACUGUGCCAGUAUUUCAUCUCCGCAUCUCAUAACACGUAUUUAACGCAAGCACAGAACGGUCCCUGCGAAGCCAUGGGCAUCACGAGGGCGCUUCACCGAGGUUGCCGACUCAUCGACUUGGAUGUUUGGGAUGGUCCUGAGUAUCCGGUGGUCUGCCGGGAAGGCAUAUCGGUGUCUGGUGACGCACACAUGACGUUCGAGACAGCGGUGGACACGAUCCGCGAUGCGUGCUUCAAGGUUUCGCAGUAUCCGCUCCUGCUGCGACUCGAAACUCACUGCUCGCUAGCGCAGCAAAAGCUCAUGGUCGAGCUGCUUGAAGCCAAGCUGGGAGACUACCUCUACAGAGAGAGGAUCGAAGAUGGGAAGGAUAUACCCUCGCCCGCUGAUUGCAUGCAGAAGAUCUUUCUUCUUGGUAAGAAAACCGGCAGCAGCCAGGUCGAGGAAGACGGUCAAGUAUCUGAAGAGGAGGAUGAAAGCCUGCCCAAUUCAGAAUUGUCCGACCCGGGACCACCAGUCCGGAAACUGGCACGCGCUGGCUCCACGUCCACCAUCACGUCCUUGCCGAUCGUGCCACCCUCCGUCUCCAAUCUUGGCUCGAUGAAGAUGGCCAAAGAGCUGUCCAAUCUCUUCCAUUUCAAUAGCUCGCGUGAUCCCGGAUUCUCGGAGAACAUAUUCGAGCCAGCGUCGAACGUUGACUGCAUUGGUCUCUCGGAGCCCAGGCUUGGUCUUUACAACGUGAGCCGGUCUGAGCGUCUCAUGCAGCGCUCUAAGUCUAGCCUGGUGCGCUCCUAUCCGGCCGUAACGCGUGCAGAGAGCAGCAACAUGGAUCCCAUGGGAGUUUGGUCGCGGGGUGUUUCCAGUGCUGCCAUGAACUGCCAGACGAUUGGCAAGGCAAUGGAUAUGAACGAAGGGCUCUUCAAGGCCAACGGCUACUCCGGCUACUAUCUGAAACCACCGGCACUUCGAAACGAGUGUGGCUCUAUCAGCUAUAAGGAUGUAACGGCUCAGGUUCCCGGUACAACACCAGUAGAGCUUGUCGUUAAGGUGAUAAGUGGGCAGAUGUUACCGAAACCUAGUCAAACGGAAAACCGAACUGAGGUUAUUGAUCCAUAUGUAGCAUUGGAAAUCGAAGGCAUCGAUGGUGAUAGAGCGACGUCACGAACUCGAGCGAUUGAAAACAACGGAUUCAAUCCGGUUUGGGAGGAAUCCUUCUCGUUCCACCUGCGCUUUCCCGACCUUGCACUAAUCCGCUUUGUCGUACUGGAUGCAGACGCCAUCGGCAGCGACUUCAUCGGACAGUUUUGCAUUCCACUAACGUCGUUUAAGCCCGGCUAUCGUCACGUGCACUUAAUUUCCAAUGUUCAUUUGCCGAUUCCGAACGCCUCUCUCUUCGUCCAUAUCUCCAUCAACAAGGAUAGACCGGGCCGCCGUAUCGCCAGUGGUGCCGCGUAUCGCAAGAAAGCCAAGAAAGAGCCCAUAGCCAUGAUGGUUGUAGGGGUAAAGGAGAUUGACGCGCAUUUCAAGAAGUACACGCCGUUGCUGACACAGGCGGCUGGUCUUUCUUACGACGCCGACUUCGCGCUUUCCACCUUCAAGGAUUCAUGCGGCUUGGCGGGUUGGACUACCAUUCACAAUUGUGUUCGAUCUCUGGUAAACCGCAGCAGAGUGGCCGGUCUCACACUGGUACUGGUCAAGACUGACAAGCUUUAUCCGACCAUCACCGCAUCGGGUGGUGAUAUACCCGACACGUUAAAGAAGGCCAGUCAAGCGUUAUUGCAAGGUGGACCUGCUUUCCGUGCUCUACAGUCGGAUGCUAGCAAGGUUGCAGACGAACUGAAGGCGGCGUAUGAAGAGAGCUUAGCCCUCAUGAAAUCACUCCAGUCAACCUAUGCUCUCGCUGGUGAGAAGAAGGCUCAGAAGGCCUUUGAGGCAUUCUCCUGGAACUGCCUUUCACUCCGCAAUGAGGGCGAGGAGCUCCUGAACGCGCAAGCUGAAGUGUCAAGCUCCCUAAAACAGAUUGCUCAUGCAGCGCACAUUCAUGGCGUGGACGUGUCCGAAAAGGCCGAGUAGAUACGUAGGCGAUUUGUCGGAAACUGGAACUCUCCUCUCCGUCGUGUGCUGCAGAAUGUAGGCGGCUGGCCCUGUCGGUUGAGUGUUGUCUACUAUGACGUUGGUUUAUCGCUGCACUGUCUUCCCGGGGCUGUAUCCACCAGUCUUGGCAGUGUGGUCGAAAAGGUGUGCCUAGGCUUCUCUACGGGCCACUUGAGUUCUCUCUAAUUUUACUUUUCAGUCCUUUUUUUGGCCUUUUUUGCACGUUUGCAUUUACUGGCGUUGACCCAGUUAGUGCCGUUUUCCCUUCAGCAAUCCGUCCGUCUUUCGCCUUUGCCCUAGUCUUUGAGAUUGCGCCCGGUCCCCGUUGACUUCCUGUUGGUACGUUAUCAUUGCAAUUGUCAAUUGACGCAACAACCAUAAUGACUCUAUCCGAAUGUCCGUUCUCACCGUUUCAAUCACAGCGACUGUCCUCACCCUGCCUCGUUGUCCCUUUGACAUUUUGACCUUUAUUAGUUUAUUUCUGCGGCGUGGAUGCAGGCCGCCGCACUGUCUGCAUUCUGAUUUCAACAUGCGUAAGUUAUCGUUAAUAUGGCACCCUGCUAUUUGGACGCCAUUAGGUCUGUUUGUUUCUUUAAUGCCUGCCUGCCUUAGCAGCCUUGAUCAUAUUUGACUGUGUAAUUCCCAUCCUGAAUGAGCAGGGUGGUCUUGGUGUCAGGCAGGCAGCAUGUACCCCUGUCCCCUGCUGCAAAUCCUUUGUUCUAGUAUGCGCCUUCUUUGUCAGGCUGCACAGUGUCACAGCACAUGGGUGGCUUUCUUUGCUGCUUCAGCUUCGUCUCUCUAUCUCUCUCUCUCUCUCUCUCUCUCUCUCUCUCUCUCUCUCUCUCUCUCUCUCGCUCUAUUUCUCUCUCUCUCUCUUUCUUUCUUUCUCGCUCUCUCUCUCGCUCUCUCUCUUUCUCUCUCUCUCUCUCUCUCUCUCUCUCUCUCUCUCUCUCUCUCUCUCUCUCUCUCUCUCUCUCUCUCUCUCUCGCUCUCGCUCUCCCUCUCUAGUUCCCUUCCUUUUGUCGUGUGUGUGUGCAUUUUCUGCCCCUAUCCCCUUUCUGAAUUUAGCUGCUUUCACACUUCUGCCCUACAAGAAUCCGAUCAAAUUUAUGCGUUUGCUCAAGAUCACAUUCUGACUGUCUAUUGUCAUCUAUAGCAGAACCACCAUCAGCAUUUUAGCCAUCAACCUCCGCAUUGAAUUUGCCCCAUUUGCUGAGCUUGA